AUGGCUCGAGUCAGUGACCAUGCUCUCAGUUACUACUCGCCUUCGAAUCCCUCAUUAUUGGCCGACGCCUCCAGCAUGCAUGUCGAUGAAGAUGACUUUCUGCAGUCUAUGCAGAAGACCGAAGGCUCCCAGUACGAGAAAUGGCGCGAUGUCUCGAAGCGGAUCGUCCAUGGCAUUGCUGGUGAUCUGUAUGAUGAACUUUCGGUUAAGCUGAUUGAUGAGAUCCUCUACCAGCGCUUCAACGCGUCUCCCAUCUCGAAUACCGACAGCAUAUCCUCUGUAUGGGCCAAAGUCUUUGGUAUCAUCCUUAAAGAGCUUAAUUUCCAAGACCCAAGAUUUAUAGAUGAUACCGGUAUGGAUCAAGCACCAAGAGUGAGGAGAAUCCCCCCACAGUUAUUGUAG